AGUAAAAAAAGAAAGAAAAAAAAAAAAAAAAAAAACAAGCUAGCUAGCUAGACAAAGAUAAUUAAGUGAUCAUGGAUCACCAUGAAGGUAAUGGGAAGGUGGUGGAGACUGUGUUAGCAGGAAACUAUGUGGAAAUGGAAGUUGAAGGGAAACCUAAAAAUGUAAAAUCAACUAUUUCAAACUUCUUUUGGCAUGGUGGUUCUGCUUAUGAUGCUUGGUUUAGUUGUUCUUCUAAUCAGGUGGCACAAGUGUUGCUUACUUUGCCAUACUCGUUUUCGCAACUAGGAAUGCUCUCGGGGAUCUUGUUUCAAAUUUUCUACGGGUUGAUGGGCAGUUGGACUGCUUAUCUAAUCAGCAUUCUCUAUGUUGAAUAUAGAACUAGAAAAGAAAGAGAAAAGGCUGAUUUCAGAAACCAUGUCAUCCAGUGGUUUGAAGUUCUUGAUGGACUGCUUGGAAAGCAUUGGAGAAAUGUUGGCUUGGGAUUCAAUUGCACUUUUCUGCUGUUUGGAUCUGUCAUCCAACUCAUAGCUUGUGCUAGCAAUAUAUAUUACAUAAAUGACAAUCUAGACAAGAGGACAUGGACAUACAUAUUCGGUGCAUGUUGUGCGACAACAGUAUUCAUCCCGUCAUUUCACAACUACCGGAUUUGGUCGUUUCUUGGAUUGAUUAUGACUACAUACACGGCGUGGUACCUAACUAUCGCGUCACUCCUCCACGGCCAGGUUGAAGGUGUGAAACACACUGGUCCAGCAAAGAUGGUUCUUUACUUCACAGGGGCUACAAACAUUCUCUACACGUUUGGGGGACAUGCCGUUACUGUAGAAAUCAUGCAUGCAAUGUGGAAGCCACAAAAAUUCAAGGCUAUUUACUUAUGGGCUACUGCAUAUGUAAUGACUCUUACAAUUCCAUCAGCUGCGGCAGUUUAUUGGGCAUUUGGAGACUCGUUACUCAAUCACUCCAACGCCUUCGCCCUGCUUCCAAGAUCACCGUGGAGAAACAUGGCCGUUAUCCUUAUGCUUAUUCACCAAUUUAUAACAUUCGGGUUUGCUUGCACUCCAUUGUAUUUUGUGUGGGAGAAAGCAAUUGGGAUGCACGAAUGCAAAAGUAUGUGCAAGCGUGCUGCAGCUCGAUUGCCAGUAGUUGUCCCCAUUUGGUUUCUCGCGAUCAUCUUUCCCUUCUUUGGACCUAUCAAUUCAACUGUUGGAUCUCUUCUUGUUAGUUUCACUGUCUACAUUAUCCCUGCGCUUGCACACAUGUUUACUUUUCGAUCACCUGCUGCACGAGAGAAUGCAGUAGAGCCACCACCGAAGUUCCUUGGACGAUGGAUUGGUGCAUACACAAUCAACGUCUUUGUCGUUGUGUGGGUAUUCAUCGUUGGAUUUGGAUUCGGAGGCUGGGCAAGUAUGACAAACUUCAUCCGUCAAAUAGACACAUUUGGUAUCUUUACCAAAUGUUACCAAUGCCCACCACAACUCCCUCCACCGUUGUUGAAUGCGACCUCUCCCAUACCUUCACCGGCAAACAUACACCACCUCCAACAAUUCAUGGGGAGUACUACUACACAAUUUCACAACCCUUGAAUCGAUCAGCUCCUAUCCCACCGAGAUCGUUAACUGCAUCAGUGUGGUCGCUUAAUUGCAUCAUUUUUAUUGUAGUAUAGAAUAUAUUUGGAAUUAAAUUAUGAGAAAAAUUCGAUUAUCGUGUUCCAUAUAAUAUAUUUUUUGUGAUCUUGCUUUUUGACA